AUUAAAGCUCUAGUUAUAACCCAAGAGCUAAGCAUUCUCGCGGCAGAAUUCCUUGCAACUAAUUUAGUGUCUGUUCUUAAUAUUUUAGUGGCAAGACCUGACGAUUUAGACAAUGAGAGCUGGGGAUAUGUUCACCCUCGGCUGCUUGGAGUGCCAGAGCUGUGUCACCAUUUGGCUGAAGGAUGGGUGACUGGGACCAACUUCUUAAGAAAUCUCUUUAUUUUCAAGAGGCAAAACCCUGGCAAGUUUUGCCUUCUAGUAUGUGGAGUCUUUACUUUCCUGGCUGUGCUGGGCCGGUACAUCCCUGGGCUCUUGCUCUCAUACCUUCUGAUGCUCUUCAUCCUGCUGUGGCCCCUUGCUGUGUACCACAGACUGGGCCAGCGCAUGUACAUGAAGCUGGAGCCAGCUCUGCAGCGGCUGGACUUCGGUGUUCGAGGCUACGUGAUGUCAAAGCAGCGGGAAAGGCAACUGCGACAGAGAGGCCUUAGCCAGGACGCUGCGGAUGACGGGAGUGACAGCGAAGAGGAGCUCGCCGCGUUCUGUCCCAAGCUGGACGAGUCUGUGGUUGCCAAGGAACUAACGAUCUCUGACUCGGAGCACUCGGAUACUGAGGUUUCCUACACUGAGAAUGGGAUGUUUAACCUUUCCAGAGGCCAGACCCCGCUGACAGAGGGAUCCGAAGAUCUAGAUGGUCACAGUGAUCCAGAAGAAUCUUUUGCCAGGGAUCUCCCUGACUUCCCUUCCAUAAACCCAGAAACAACUGGCAUAGACGAUGAAGACGACACCAGCAUCGGGAUUCCAAGUCUUGCCUACCGCUCCCAAGCGACGGAAGAUCUACACCUCCCUUACGAGCAGGAGGGAUCCGCCGCGCUGCCGUCGGUGCAGCACCUCACCAACAACAUCGCCGGGUUUGUCACCAGAGGGAUGAUACAGCUUGCGCUAUCCGGAGCCGCUCAACCGGGCUCUUCACGCAGUGACAAUCCCCAGAGAGGUGCAAAGACCUUUCUCAGAACGGCCAGCUCAGAUUUGGACACUGAUGCAGAAGGGGAUGACUUUGAACUGCUGGAUCAGUCUGAGCUGAACCAGCUGGAUCCUACGGGCUCACGGGGCCAAUAAGCAAUCAUGUCACUUCCCUUCUGGGUUUCUGUUGUGCAUCGUGGAGGGGGAAUCCUUGAAGAAAAAGGCACGGCACCGUUACCUAAGUUGUCUCCUGUGUGAGUACAAGUGAUAAGACAACCAAUCCUGGCUGGGAACACCACUGUGAAAUGUGACUCUGUAGCCUCGCUUGGAUUAUUUUAAAAUAAACUACACUGGUAAUUCAUAAGGAAAAGGCGUUGAUGUGAUAGCUCCACAAUCACCCAUGCGCAUUAUCUGCCAGGAUGCUGCUUACUCCAAAUUUCCUCACAUAAGACAAUAAAUCUGAUGUCUACAGCUCUAGAGACCACUAGUCAGACUGACUUAGCGUCACUGAGAACAAUCUUGCGGCCGACCUUCCUGG